AUGACUUUCUUGUCGGCGCUUCUGACGACGUAUUUGCUAUUUCUACUCGAUGCUAUUGACGUGGGACCUCUGAAGGAAUUGGAAUGGGGUCAGAUCAAUUUCAUCCACACGACCGACGUGCACGGGUGGUUUGAAGGGCACAUGAAGGAACGCAACUCUCGCGCCGACUGGGGAGAUUUCUAUUCCUUUGCGCAGCAUAUGCGCGAGAAAGCCAAAACGCUUGACGUUGAUCUGAUACUUGUUGACACGGGGGACUUGCAUGACGGUGCUGGCCUUAGUGACGCGACGCAUCCCGAUGGAAAAGAGUCUGAUAAACUUUUCAUGAUGACUGAUUUCGACCUCCUAACAGUCGGCAACCACGACCUUGCCGAUGCAGGCCGGCCAGAAGCCUCACAUACAAUUCUUGCUAAUCAUUACGGUGACAAGUACAUUACGAGCAAUGUGAACACGAGCCAGAAUGGACUCAAUUCGAAGCCAAUUGGAUCAAGAUCUUACUAUCACACCACCCCGAAGGGAAUUCGGAUUAUGGCUUUUGGGAUCAUGUAUGAUUAUUGGAGCCCUCCAAAGAACGUUAACGUUCAGCUUGCAGAGGCAAUGAUACAGGAAACCUGGUUUCAAGCCGCGGUCAAACGCACGGAUGUCGACCUAUUCGUGCUCGUCGGCCACAAUCCAGCCAGACUGAACACGAGCGACAAUGACAAUAAUAGCACCAUGAAAUUCAUCGCUGAAGAAAUCCAGAAGAAAACCCCAGGCAUUCCAGUGCAGGCGUUUGCCGGACACUCGCAUGUCCGCGAUUUCAUGGUGUACAACGACAAUGCAACGGCGUUGCAGUCUGGGAAAUACGCUGACACGGUUGGAUGGCUAGCUAUGAGCGGCAUUCAUUCACCAACUUACAACGGAUCCAUGUAUCCUGCCAAUGUUCCAAAUCCAACUAGACAUGCAGUCACUAGCCCCAAGUCUAAUCUAACAUAUGCUCGUCGCUACCUCGACUGGAACCGCGAGACAUUUCAAUAUCAUACUGGCACAGCCGGAGAUGAUAAAGCAUUUGAUACUACGAAUGGCACUGCGAUCAGCAGAAAUAUCACCUUGCUUCGGAAUGAAUAUAAUCUAACCGAUUAUUAUGGCUGUGCACCACGGUCUUACUGUAUCUCGUGCAAGCCAUACGGAAGCGAAGGCAAUAUUUAUACUUUAUUUGAAGACGCCCUUGCAAAAGUAGUUGUUUCCAAAGAAAGGGAAAACAUCCCAAGACUCAUCUUCUCAAAUAAAAACAGCAUUCGAUACGAUAUUGCGCAAGGGCCCUUCACCUACGACGAUUCAUUUAUUCUUUGUCCUUGGGCUGAUUAUAUGAAUUUCACCACGGGCGUUACUGCUGAAGAUGCUAGUAAGCUUUAUGACACGGUCACAUAUUACACUGAACAUAAUAAAUGCCCCCCAACAGCCGACGUAUCGUUCGGCGAUAUGUUACUGGAGAAUUCCGGCACUGGAUCCAAGCAAAAAGUGCUGUCCCGUCGCAGUGUUUCCCGUCGCAGUGUCCAAUCCCCUGGCAUGCUGACUGCAGGAUACAGAACCGGGGACGAUUUUGGCAAUGAUGGCGACGACACUCAGCACGCGCCGGUUCCAUAUUACCAGCCCCCGGCGUAUGCCAAAGCCAAUGUCACAGUUCCUGGUCAGACGUAUGAGACGUUGUAUGACAUUGUGUUUAUUGAUCACAUAGCGAAGUAUAUCAUGCCGGCUUUGAAUUGCAUCAAUAAGGGCAAAUAUCACAUGAACAAGUCGUAUUAUGUAGACCAGAGUAUUAAUACUAAUACCCUGAUUGGUCUAUAUGCGCAAACGGAUGUACAGUGGAAUCGAACGAUGCAGAACUGCAGCGUUGGUGCGUUUAUUGGAUAG